AGAGCAAAGCGAAGGGCGCAUGCGUGUUGACAUCUUUUAAGCUAGCGAGCAGAAAGCGAGGUGUGCUUAAGUGUAUAUUGAAGGACUCCGCAAACUGUGUAUUUGCGGUUUAUAAUGUCAACUAGCGAUUUUUAUUUGAGGUAUUAUGUGGGGCACAAGGGAAAGUUUGGACACGAGUUCCUAGAAUUUGAGUUUAGGCCAGACGGUAAGCUGAGGUACGCGAACAACAGCAACUACAAGAAUGACGUCAUGAUCAGAAAAGAGGCAUACGUACACAAGAGUGUGAUGGAGGAAUUGAAGAGGAUCAUAGACGACAGUGAAAUCACCAAGGAAGACGAUGCACUGUGGCCGCCACCUGACCGAGUGGGCAGACAGGAGCUGGAGAUAGUUAUUGGGGAUGAGCACAUUUCCUUUACAACUUCAAAGAUUGGCUCCUUGAUUGAUGUCAACCAGUCAAAGGACCCAGAAGGCCUCCGUGUCUUUUACUACCUGGUCCAGGAUCUGAAAUGUCUCGUCUUCAGUCUUAUUGGACUACACUUCAAAAUCAAGCCCAUCUAAGAUUGGAUGUUUUUUUUCUAUUGGAAAAUGUUUUAGUUUUGUCUGUGCCGAUUACAACAUUUGUACAUUUGCUUAUGAUCGAUCUGUUUUUUAAUUUUAAAUAAAUCAUUGUAAAAUG